GGCAGGGCAGGAGGAGGAAGAGCACUGGUGCGAGAUCGCUCGGUCGCAGGUCCACGGUCACGACUUCCGCUGUGUCGCCCCCGUGGCCUCCCCGCCCGGCUCCGACUUCCUCUACGUGGCGGGCAGCGAGGAGAAGGUGCUGCGAGUGCUGGAGGCGCCGCAGACCUUCAUAGACUCGCUGCUGGCGUUACGAGGCGGCGAGGAGCGACCCGCGGGUCGGGCGCUGGCGGCGCAGCGCCGGCGGGGACACGGUUUCGGGGCGGCAGUUGCGGCACUGGGGCUGAGUAACAAGGCGGUGUACGAGGGGGAGGGGGCGGCGGGAGGCGGAGCAGGAGGGGAGUACUCGGAGGGUCCGGACUUCGUGCCUUGUGCGGCGCCGCAGGUCAUCCGCGAACCCCCCCUGGAGGAGCACCUCGCGCAAAACACGCUGUGGCCCGAAACCCACAAGCUGUACGGCCACGGCAACGACGUCUUCUGCGCCGCCGCCAGCCCGGACGGCCGGCUGCUGGCCUCCGCAUGCAAGGCGCAGACCGCCUCCACCGCCUCCAUCUGGGUGUGGUGCACCGCCUCCUGGCGCCCGCUAGCCCAGCUGCGCGCACACACCCUCACAGUCACGCAGCU